CGUGACGUUUUUGGCGGACUUCAAGUGGGCUGUGUCAAGUCGAGACGCAACGAGCUGGUGUGCAAGUUAAUUCGCGAGAAUCAGCCCAGUAGGUCGCUAUUGUUAUAGUGUCACAAGCCGCAAGAAACUCAAACUACCUCGAACUACCGUGUGUAUAUAUUGGAUAUGCAGUAGAAUUCGACCUAAACUGGAAUGUAAAAGCAACUGCGUCAUUUGUAGUGUGUAUUACCGCUUGCUUUGUUGCAUCAUUUUCUCGCUAGUGAUCGUAGCGAUGAAUAUUAAGCCGAAAAGCCGCCCAUGGCCAGUUGCGCCGAAAAAAACCAUACGGCUUCGUAUUCCCGGCCCUCGGGGCAAGUGUUUCACAAACCGUCCCGAAUGGGAAGAGCGGAUGACAGCGAAACAAAUCAAGCCAAGACCACGUCGAAUGGUGUUCCGCAUCAAGGAGCAAGCGAACAUCCACAACAGCAUCAUUCAAUAUGUACGCGACAAUGCCGAAUCAGACAAAAGCGAUGAUGAUGAUGAGAAUGAUUCUGGAACGUUGAUUCCCGAUAAUGAUGUGUUGAAUAGCAGCAUGGCAUCAAUCAAUAUCAGCGGAAGCCAGAAGGAAAUUGGUCACAACAGCGGUGAAGCCAUCAACGAGAUCCGGGACUGUGAAACCGAACCGCACUAUCAACACCUUGCAAUCACUACAGCGUCACUCAACCCUGAACAUGCCACUUACUCCGAACCAGGUGUAACGGAUGUGCUGACACAGCUGCGGGGUAAGUCCAGGGAGUCUGUGCAGGUCCGCCGCCAAAACGAUGGGCCGUCUGUUCCGGCAUGUUUGGCAUCUUUUUCAGAAUCCCUCGACGAAGAGAUGUGUACAGUAACACCACUCCUUGAACUAUUUGCGAUGAGCGCAAUCGCAUCAACGGAAACAGAUGCCGAUACUGAGGAUGAAGAGGAGAUGGAUUAUAGAUACAUUCGCAGCAGCUUCGCCUCACAAACAGCACUGCAGUACUGGCUAAACGAACUUGAACAGUGUUUCGAGGAAGCAAAACUAUUGGCCUCGGCUCUGGGUAUUGACCGCAUAGACGACAAACAACAGUACGAAGACGACGAACAGUAUGAAGACGACGAAACCCUGUAUGAAGAUGCCGAACGGCAGUAUGUAGAAGACCCCAAGCCCACACCUGAAAGUAAGGCUUACCAGCAACAGGUCUUGGGUAGAUUAUGGGCAUUGCUGGCGCGCAACAACGGUCCACCAAAAGAUAACUGUGAGGUGGACGACUGUUUCGAAGCAGGUAAUGCAUCAGCUUCAAACACUGACAUUGAAGACAACGAAAUACAGCUCAGAGACAGUGAACACUGUGAUGACGACGAAAUACAGCGCAAAGACAGCGAACAGUGUGAUGACGACAAAAUAGAGCUCAGUGACAGCGAACAACAGUACGAUGACGACGAAAUACAUUACGAAGACAACGAACAUCAGUACGAUGGCGACGAAAUACAUUACGAAGACAACGACAACGAAGCCAACAAGUAUGAAGAAGUCUCCCAGGCCGUAGCUGAUUGGAAAGCCUACCAAAAACGGGUCUCACGUACGUUAUCGACAAUAUACGAGGCACAAUCGUAUGAGGAAGAGUACCUAGAUCAGAGCAUUGACCGUAUAGGCGACGAACAGCAGUAUGUAUACAACUCCCUGUCUAUACAGCAUAUGAAAGCUUACGAAGAACAGAAGGCACGUAGAAUAUUGACUCUGCUACAGCGCAUGGACGAUACACCUAACGAAGACUGUGAAAUUGAACACUCUUUCUACUUCAAUAAUGCAUUAACUUCAAAAACUGGCAAUGAAACCUACGAACAGUACAUAGACUACGAACAACAUGACAGAGAACCACAGGCCAUAACAGAUGGGAAUGAUGACCAACGACUUGUAGCACAUGGCUUAUGCACAUUGUUAGAGCGCAAAAAUGGUCCACCAAUAAAUGACUGUGAAAGUGAGGACUCUUCGCGUGAAAAUAAUCGUUCAGACGACGAACAACAGUACGAGGAAGAACCCCUGCCCAUAGAGCACUCAUGGUACGGAAAAGACCCGUCCACUUCAAUCAGUCUGGGAAGCUCCGACGCUGAUAUGUCAACCGAACAAACGAGAGAUUCUGGUAGUAAUUUGCGAGAACCGAGUGAGGAUUCUUUCUUCGAAUAUGAACCAGAAGCUUCAAAAUCUCCGGUUUGCAGCGAAGCUGAAAUGUCAAUCCAACAACUAAAAUAUCCUGGUGGUUUGUUGAGCAAAUUCGUGCAGGAUAUACCCGAAACUAUUUCUAUCGCAGAAAUUGAUACUGAUGCGGACGAGAUCGAUGACAAAUAUGAAUUGACUAAAACCGGGCUUGCGAAAUGUUUUGUAGACUAUUGGAUUGACAAGCAAGAACAUUAUAACAUUGAGGCGCAAGCGUUGGAAAAGGCUCUGAGCGUUGAGCAUGUAACCGACAAAGACUAUGGUACAAACUAUUCGCCAGCACCUGGUCGCAAUAAUGAUUGUACUGGAGCCGUUCCACGACAGCAUGCUGCGCCGAAGCGUCAUGUUAAAACUGAUCCCAAAGAUGUUGCGAUAGUGGACGAUGCGAUUCGCCACGACAAUAACACUCCAAAACCUAGCUUCCUCGACUACUGUGAUGUAGAGACACCGUGUCUGCCGAAGGUAACAUAUGAUAAAAAUUACAAGCGAUCAUACAAAUCAACAAAAGCUGUUAGAGAUGCUAUCGAUGACAAACAGGAGCCUAAGCGCAUGAUGAUUAAUGGCCACAUAAUACUGGUCGAAGCAACUGGCCCUAACUGGAAAGCAUUGCCAAAACAUCAAGCCGUAAAGUAUGAACGGAAGCAGUCGAUCAAGGCGAAGUCAAGGAAGGAUGAUACCCAAAGGCGUACGCGGCACAAGAAUGCUACCAAAGAAACUUCGAACAAAGCACCAUAUCUUAAUGAUUGGUCAAGCACAUCUUUUUUACAUUCAACCACAUCGCAGGGCCGAACCAGCAAAUUCAUCGAUUACACUACCGCAGAGAAGGAAUUGGAUCGCAUAAUUAAUAGCUGGGGAUAUACGAUGAAUGCUACCGAUUACAUAAACGGCUUAGAACGGAGCCGGCAAUCGCAGGUACCGAUGCCACCAACUGACGAAUGUGCCAGGAAGCAGCGGGGCGAUGAUAGGCGGCUGGGAAAUUUCAUCCAAAAUAUGGGUGUACACAAAUUCCCGAUGGGGCACUUGCCCACAAACAAAGAGCUGAUCGCCAGCGAUCCGUGCAAAGAGAUCGUGGCGGGUUUGCGGAUGCUCAGCACGCAAAACGCAAAGGACCGUGUCGAUCCUUAAUAUUCGGGCUUAAGAAGCGCGCACUCGCGACCGACAAUCAUCAAUUGCGCGAAACGAACGUAUAAUAAUAGUAAUAAGAGGAUAGAAUGUGUACGAAAAUGCAUACUUGUUGCGAACUCAAAAAGGAAUUACAUAGAAAUCGAAAUAAAGCAGGCAUGUCCGGCACGCGUGCGAUAAACGCUCUGCCUAACUAUGUUUUCUCCCGA